AUGCCUGAGCCAUACGGCUCGUUCUCUUGGAUCUGCCAACACGCUCCGCUGCCCGUGUGCAAUAUCCUCUUCCGGGCAGCGUGGGACGCUGGCGCACUCACCACCCUCUUCCCCUCCAAUUCCGCCUUCUUUGCUCAUUACAACAUAACUAGUACAACCCUCGCGUCGGACCUGCACGCGCGCGAGGCUCAUAUAGCUGCCGGCACCGGCCUCGGUGCCAACUGCGUCAUUCCGCAUGUUGGGGCGCGCGGUAGCAUAGGCGACAUUCUGCUGGUCAUCGUGUCUCUCUUCUCUGUCGUCGUUUCGCUCGCGCUAGUGUUCCGUUCCUUCCAGAACAAGCUUCUUGGCGUAGGGACUACCGAAUUCAGCUUCGUCCUUGUUACUUUCGCCCUCCACUCGGCUCUCCAAGCCAUCACGCAGUCCUCAAUGCUACUCCAAGGUUCCACCGCCCUCCUGAUUCUCUCUGCUCUUCACCUCGCCGUCGUCGCCAUGCUUAUGUGGCUGCUCCUCUGCAACACCAUGGUGCUGUGGGGCUCCUACGAUGAAAGGAAGACGGUGUAUCUCGGCAUUCUGAGCAUCGGCUCGGCCGCCACCUUUGGUGUGACCGUCUACCUCGCCCUCGCGACGGGGUACCGCUGGACUCACGUGUUCGCGUUCGACCCCGAGAUCCGCAGCAUUGCCCUCUUCACGGUUAUACUCGUCUGGCCCGCUUUUGCGCUAGUCGCUACCUUCUUGACCAUGUUCUACGUCGCCGAGUACCGUAUGCACGAACGCGAGCCCGCUUUAUGGUUACUCGGCAGCGCGAGUGCCCUUGUUGCGGGACAGGCUGUGCUCUUUGUCGCGUCGCAGCCUCUGUGCCAGGCGUCCAAGAACAUUGUCAACGGCUCCUUCAUUGCCGCACUUAUGAACCUCCUCUCACUGGCCCUAUUCUACCGCGCUUGGAACAACAUGGGCGAGGCAAGCUGGUUUGCCACUCAGGCCUGGAACCCCCGCAACUCCUCGCGUAUCAGCCAGCGCGCUUCUGCUGCACCGACCAAGCUCAAGAUUAGCUUCAAGGCUGGUGGAGAGGCCAGCGCAUCGGCAGGACGCCUAAACUCCUUCCUUGGCGAAUAUGACCGCGAACUGGACGAACAUCCCGACGAGCCGCUGGCGUUCGAGGAGCAAUUCAUCUUGCGCGUACCGCAGAAGGUCGCAGAUGGAGUUGGUGGCGAGCCGGGACUGCGGGACUUGGUGCGAGGGAAGGGCAAGGGCCUCGAUGGUGUCGAGUUCAAGUUUCUCGACACCCGCCGAGCCGCGUUCAAGAUCAACGGCGUGACGUACUCGGCCAAACUUGUUGAUCUGCCCAAUAUUAUCGAGGCGCAGAAGACACACGAUAGCCGACACCUGUUCAAGGCCGCCGAUAUCUCGCAGAUGCUCCUCGUUGAGAAUCCUGUGCGCGACGAGAGUAGCAUUACCGCAUCAGCGCUUAACGUCGACGACUAUAUCUGGCCACACGGUAUCACACCUCCGAUGCGUCAUGUCCGCAAGCGCCGAUUCAGAAAACGCUUAUCGCGCCGCACCAUCGAGGUCGUCGAGGAGCAGGUUGAGGAGCUGCUCAAGAAGGACGAGGAUGCGGACGACAACCCCCAGAUCGAUCUCAUCGACGUCCACCACGACCCCGAGGUCCCAGACUCAUACUACGUCGAAUGGUCGGCUGAGGAUCCGUACGCUGGCUGGCGGCAGGGUGAGGCGACUUCCGAAUGGGGCGACGGGUACGAGGAUCCUGGUUCCGUCGCUACGGGCGCAGACUGGUACGACGAGGAAGGGGAGGAGGGCGAGUUCGAGGAGGGAGAGGAGGACGACGACGACAUGGACCAAGACCUUCAGGCUGCGCUCAUGGAGACGAUGGAGCGAAGCUCGGACGAAGGGUCAGACGACGGCCUUUCAGACGAGGAGGACGAGGACGAUGGCGGCGCCGAGGAUGACGACGAGGAGACAUUGGAACGCAAGGCCAAGAUCAAGCAAUACACGGGCGAAAUCAAGCAGCUCGAGACACUCAUCGAGAAGAAGAGAACUGGUUUCACGGGCGGGAACCCGAUCAUCACCAAGCGCUUUGAGGAGACGAUCAAGGGCUUGCAGGACGACAUCAGCACCAAGGUCGCUGCGCGCCAGGUGAUCCUAGACGCGAUCGAGAAGGAGCAGUCGGACGCGCGCGCCGCCGCCGAGGCCGCAGCGCCCAAGGCGCCCGAGGAGCCUGUGGACGAUGGCGACGGCCUUUUCGAGGAGGAGGGGGAGAUGGACAGCAAUGCCACUCCAGCCGCCACUCCCGGUCUGCUUGGCGCAACGCCAGCUGCGGAGGAGUACGACGACGACGACGACCUAUUCGGCGAUGCCGACGACGGGGAGAGCGAUACGGGCACGGCUGUUGCCAACACUCCCAUGCCGCAGAUCGAGGUCGACGUCGACAUGGACGUCGACGCCGACGGGCUCUUUGGCGACGAUGGUGAUGGUGAUGGCGAUGUCGAUGUCGAAGUUCAAGUCGAAGGUGUUGGGCACGAGGUGCUGCUUGAGGAGCCCGACGACGAGAUGGCUGCCAUGCUCCAGGCCGAGCUCGGCGACGAUGACCUGUUUGACGACAAGGGCGACGAUCUCUUUGGCGACGACGGCGAGACUGCCGCGACGGACGCUGCGGCGGCCGCGUUAGACGAGUUUGCUAGAGAGACGGACGCCGCGCUCAAUGCCAGCCUGGGCGGAUUUGCAGGCGUUGAGGGCGGUGUUGGCAUGCGGCGUCUCGCCAGCGGCGUUGCAGACGACGACGACAGUAGUGUGGAGGACAGCGACGACAGCGAUUAG